AUGGUAGAAAAGGUCUAUGUCACAUAUAACCAGGUGCACACGUUGUGUCAACUCUCGGCAGACCGCAUCCUCAAUGAUUUCAAGCCAAACCUCAUGAUCGCCAUUGGCGGAGGAGGAUAUAUUCCAGCAAGAAUUCUAAGGUCCUUCCUCAAACAACCCGGCGGCGCAAACAUCCCCAUCCAAGCCAUCGGCUUAUCGCUGUACGAGAACCUAGGAAAAGACGACCAGAUUGAGCAGCUCGGAACGAAAGUUACGCGCACGCAAUGGCUCGAUCUCAGCUCACUGGAAAUGGCCAAUCUGAUCGGGAAGAAUGUGUUGAUUGUCGACGAGGUCGAUGACACGCGGACGACGUUGGAAUACGCUGUGCGGGAGCUGCAGAAAGAUGUACAGGUUGCCCAACAACAGUUGGGUAGAGAGGGAGAGACGACUACAUUCUCUGUGUUUGUGCUGCACAACAAAAACAAGGACAAGAAGGGUACACUGCCCACCGACAUGAUGGAGAACGGACGAUACCUUGCUGCAGUCACCACUGGUGAUGUCUGGAUUUGCUAUCCAUGGGAGGCCAAAGAUAUCGACGAGCACGAUCACCUGGCGGCUCAACAUCCAUUGGCUUGAUGUUUUAUAUAUUUCCUUUCUACCCUCCACCAGUAUUGGUUCCUUUGCCAAUACACAAAAGCUAAUAGUGGAAGUUUUUAUGAAUUUUCAUUUCUGCUUCUGUCUCCUAGCUCUAUUACGUUUUAUAUUACUUUUUUCUCCGGCUCCCCAACUCUCCCCGCCUCUGUUUCUAUUCUGCAUUCUGCAUAUUUGCAUCAUUAUUUUAGCUUUCUUUUUCUUUGAUUUUUAAAAUAAAUGAAAACUAUGACGUAGCCUGACAUUAGGUUUAGAAUUUCUUAAAAUUGAAGAUUCUAUAGAUAUUAGAAA